AAGCUCGCAAUCGCAUGCUGCGAUUACUGCGCGUCUUGUUAUUGAAAAAAUCGGAUUUAAAAUCAUUGAAUUAAUCUCGAACUUAAUAUUACUUACAUUAACCAACAGAAACAUGAGUUCCGACACCUUGAACAUAAGUCGUCGAAAGCUCAACGAAGUGCUUGGCGAAAAAUCAACAAAAUACUUCCAUCAUAUGAAACAGUGGUUUCGCAUGAAACUCACCAAAGAAGAAUUCGACACCGAAGCUCGAGCCCUGUUAUCUUCAGACCAAGUCCGCUUCCACAACGAGUUUUUACUAGCAUUGUUGAACAAAGUGGAAGGUUUGGCGGAGACAUCUAUUAAUAUAGCGCAGGAGAAAGCGAGCUCCCAUAAUAGGAAUAGUCGUCGGCAUAAGCGAAGUUCGCGUACGUCGGAGAAGUCGAAUUUCGAACCGGCGGAUUUGCUGGAAUAUUUGCCGCCGAACUCACCACCUGGUGCGGGCAGUGAUGGAGCUCUGAAAUAUGCAGCACAGGAAAUCUUCCUCCCAGACCACGCAUUAGUCGUUGGCCGUUUCAUGCUAGCAGCAUGGGAACUCGGCCUUGAAGGUGCUGACGACGAAGCAGCCGACCUAAUUGUAGUCGCCGUCCAAAACUUCCUUAAAAACAUAAUCUCAGCCGUCGUAACACAACGGAAAGGUUACAAACAACGUAAUCAUUUCAUGUAUGAUGUAGGUGGUGAUAUGCCUAAUAUGUGGCUGCGGAAUACGGCGAAGUUGUAUGAUCCGCAGGGCGAUGGAAGAGUGGAGGUUGAUGAUGCGGUGGACGGGUUGGGGCCUCGGUGUCCCCCGACUAUUGAUGAGGUUGAGCAUGCUACGGCUUAUGAGAUUGCUUGCAGUGUGCCAAACCAAUCGCCAAAUGAAGACAAAUUAACAAUAGACGAGUUCUACAACACACUCCUGACACACAGAAAUGUGAUAGCCAGCCAUUCAGUAUAUGCAGUCAAUAUGGAGCGUCUAGCCGUCAUGCUAUCCCAUCCUAGCUAUUGAUAAGGAGGCAAAGAAGGCCCGCAAAAAGGUAGACCACAGGUCUUAAGGCACUGUUGAAUGCAGAGACUGGAUCCUUAGGGGAAGGCCUAAGACAAUGAACAGAAAAUAUAUUUUAGCCCUUGACCGCCAAACACGUCAGCUGACGCGCGUGGUAACCCAAUAUAAAACUUCGUGCAUUCAGAUAAGGUUCAGAUAACGCACUGCGCACGAUAGGGGUGACAUUCAAAAGGAUUAAUAGCCUCCAUUUUGUUGCUGAUUACGAAAAUAGGUUACCAAAUGGGACUGAAAGUAUUGUUUAACUUAACCGUCCAAGUUAUUGGCCAUAGAGUUGACACACAGACACAUUCAGUAAGUUUACGUCGUCAAUUUGGAACGACUAGCCAUCAUGCUGAACCAGUGGGACUUAUUUAAGUUUAUGAUGAUGAUAAACACAGUUAUAUUAUGUCGGAAAACUAUCGAAAAAUUAAGUUACGAUCUAUCAAAAAAAACUAAAUAAACACUUAUUGAAGUUAAUUCUGUACAUUUUUUUAUUACACAAUUAUGUAGCACCCCAUUAGUUUUUAUUAUGAAUAAAUU